GUCUUGGGCCGCAGCGCUCCGUGGCACGAGACUGCGGCACCCAUUGCUGAUCUCCGCAGUGCAAACGGAUGGGCUCAGCUCUCAUCCCAGCCGCAAGGCUUGAGGCCAAUUUCGAUAGCGUUUGAUCUGAAUCCUCCUGAAGGGCAUACUCAGUUGCAGUAUGAUACUGCAACCAGUAGGACGUCUGGUGCCCCUGGUAGGCAUUGGGACACUCGUGCAGAUGUCUUGAGCUCAAAGACGUCAGCAUUUUACCCUGAGCCAAGCUACCAAAGAAGUCCAAGGAGACAAGCCACCAAUCAUGUAGCGAGCAGCUCUCAGGCAUCAAAAAGACCACUGGUUGAGCCGCUCCAAUUGCCAUCACAUACCUUCCACAAGCCAUCUAGGGUCUUUACCCCCUUCGAUCACACAAGCAGCUACCCCUGGCAAGAAAAGCCACCGACUGUUCGUAACGGGUCGUCCAGCUUGUUUGUAGACUCACAGAGGACGCAACCGGCUUCUUAUAUGCCCAGCUUCCAGCCACAGCAAUCGCAGACUUCCAGCCCUUCCUAUCCUAGCCAGUCAUCUUGGCUGGAAGGGUCUACAGCCUCUGCAUACCCCGCUUACCAACCUAGCAGGGCGUUUUCUGGGUUAAACGACCCUCUUUCGGCGACAGCUAGAGCAAACCACUACAGGGGGGCACCAGGAGACAGAAGACUUCAAACGGAAGUCAGUAGAGGCAGCCACUGGUUUCCGAGCACUGCCCGUGAGUUCGCUGAUCCCGACAGAGAAGGAGGGAAAACCACCGGAGGAGCUUCGACAAUCAGCUUAGAAGCCCGCCUGCAGUCUGCUGCACAGACGUACUGGGAGCACAGUGACAGCAACGUUCCGUCCCCUCAGCCCUCACCUCAGGCCCUCGGACACGCCAGCUCCGCUUUCGGCAGCACAGCCCCCGGUUUUGGCGCCCCCUCUGGCACCAGGCCGUCUCUGGCCCUCGAGUCCUUGGCUGCGGAAGCCGCUCUUGAAGUCGCGCUCGACCAGAAACGCAAACAGUUGCACGGCAUGCUGGGAAGUCCAGUCGGUGGGGACAGCGCUCCCCUGGCAGCGCGUAGGGGCGUUGAAAUAUUCACGAAAGGGCCAGUGGCGUCGAAGGGAGACGGGUAUAGAGAAGAGGGGACCUACGGAGAAGCGAAAGCGGAGAACGAGGAAGGGGCAGACUCUCGGGGGUCUGACGCUUUUGAACGGAAAAGGGUGGGGGAGUCGGACGCAACUAGUGUUGCAGGGUUGCCAGUCGACGGCGCUCUUUCUGUUACCGAAGCCGGGCAAGGAGAGGCGGAUGCCAAUGUGGCUGGUGUCAGCCAAGGGCGUCCUGCGCUUGCCUCCACGUCAGGCGUUCCUCCCGUUGAGACAGAGAACGGCUACACCUCUGAAAGGGUGGUUGAUCCGGACAGCAUCGAGCGGCGGCUGAGCCGCAUUGGGGAGAUGCUGGACAUCAGCAGCCUGCCCAUUAGUAGCAGGGCGGCCGCACAGCGGCAGAACCAGCGGUCGAGCAAAACGGACUCGUACUGGGGCCGAACCAUUCUGCCUGCUUCGCUUACGAGCGGCCUCGAGGGGGUUGGAAGGGGGAAGAGCGUUGCGACGGAGUCGAAUACACAGGCUCCGGCGAAGGCGAACGUAGAAAGGGGCCCGGGUGAGCAAGUCGUGAGGAGCAGUGUUACAAGUGCGGCGACGUUGGUCGUCUCGGAAAACUUUGUGGAAGGUGUUUUACGGGAUGCGGGGAAAGCGGUCCCCGUUGCCAGCUCCGGAAACGAAGAGUUCUUCUCGGUGCCACCAACUCCGUCGCAAAGUGGCCCUCCUUUGGCCGCACUAAAACGGACGUCCCUCGAGGGUAGAGCUGAAACUGCUCCGAAUAUGGAGCGUGUCGCGACCUCCGGUAGUGCGAACCAACUGAUAACUGAAGAGGACCAGUCAGAGCGUAGAGACCCCAUUUUGGAUGUCUCUACGCAAGCACAGAAACGAACAGAAGUAGUGGCGGUGCCGGCAGAGCCGGAACGGGAGCCUAGAGCUGACAGGGGGGACGCGGAGGGAGUCGAGACGAGGAAGCCGGCUGCGCCAAGGGCUGAAGGCUUGAGAACAGUGGCUGACGGGGCAAGUUUGUGGGCGCCCAAUCCGAGGCCUCGUCGGAAGAGCGACUCUGGGCUUGUUCUCCCCCAAACGCUGUGGACGGCAAACCCAACAGGGCCUCUCGUUCGGGGCAACGGUUUACAGGCCCAACCUGCCGGAAAGGAAGACGAUCUGCCGGCGCGGAUUAUCGCUAAAAUGGAGCCGGGGGAAGAAACGCGGACGACGGGACAGAGGCCGGGGCUUAUCACCGAGCUAGAAGGGGAGGACUUAGACUACUCGUCUGAAACGGCGGGGCAACGCACAGGCUCCGCCAAGAAAGCUGCUUCGAAAUCCAGGAAGCAAGCUGUGCAAGUGCACUCCCCUCCAUAUCGGAGGUCGGUGAAGUCUCCUGGGGGCUCUAACAGGCGAAGCCGGGCCAAGCCCAUCCAGCUGAUGAGCGCCCUGAAGCACCUGUCGAGCGGUCGGGGGAAGGCCCCGGGCACGGAACCGUUGACAGUUGUUCUUCCUGAGGAGCCGGUGACGCCCGAGUUUGCGACCGAUGGCGGCGCGGGGCGACCCAAACAGACGACCGUUCGAAACCUGCAGAAGAGGUUCGACAGUGUCGCAGGGCCGGUGCGGCGCGGAAGCCUGGAUGACAUGGUCAGUAUCGAACUCAGCGGAGAAGUGGAGACCGACUCUCCGGAGGGGGCUCUGAGCAGCCGGGAUGGGGAGAGCCAGCUUGCAACAACCGGGGCAGAGACCAUAAACAGCAGUGGGCCGAUUGGCGCAUCAACCGGUGUGUCAACUGGGUUGAUUGAGCAGGAGGAAAGGGGUCGGGGGGUGUCUCCUGAGUGGAGCAUGGGGCCCUUGGAAGCGGUGCCGGCAUCCCCGUUGAAACCCAGCAGGGGCUCGGUAGAUGCAAGGAGCGGUGGGAAUGGCUCGGCAGUGGGGCUGUCGGGAGAGGGGAAGGAGGUGCGGGAUGUGGGGCGCCAGCUGGCAGAAGAACGGGAGGCACGGCGGGCGGCCGAGAGUCGGGCGCAGGCGGCAGAGGAGAAUGCAAAGGUGAUGGCGUCAUCGCUGGCUGCGGCCCAGGCGGAGCGCGCAGCCGUGGAGAGCCAACUAGAGGAGGAGUACAACCGGAAGGCGACCCAGCAGUCUGCGCUCAAGAACUGGGCCGACGUGGAGCGGGUGCAAAAGGAGCGCCAAGUACGUCAGCUGACGUCAGAGCGUGACGAGCUGCGCGCCCAGGCGUCGAUCAUGGAGGCCCUGGUGGAGGAGGGGCGGCACUUUGCCGCCGAAGUCCACAGGCGGCGGGCGCAGGUCCAGGAGCGGGAGGACGAAAUACAGGGCCUCAAGCAAAGAGUGCGGCAACUAGAGGCGGGGCUAGCGAAGGCGCGAGACGAGAGCGCGCGGGCGAAGGCGGCAGCGGAGAGUUUCAAAAAGCAGAAUGUAGAACUUGCGAGCGAGAACGAGGGGGUGAAAAAGGAAUUGGUGCGGUUGGAGGGGAGGGUGCGAGAGGCGCGGAGUGUGGGGCCUUUGGCGAGGAUCGACGAGGAGGGAGAGAGGCCCGCAGGCAGUGCUGGUGUGGAAGAGAGUGGGACAACAGAAGACGAAUCUGCGGGGAGUAGCGAAGAGAAGGGGAAGGAAACGGUGGCAGGAAAAACGGGUGACUGUAGUGGCGGGGUGGGAGUUGAGGGGUCUGCAUCGGACUUACCGCAGACGGAAUUGGCGGCCCUCAAGGAGACGGUCCACGUGGCAGUACGGGAGAUUUUGGCGUCCGGAGUGGUCGACGAGUUGGACAGUCCGAGCGAGGCGGCGGACGGCCGGAGGUUCGGGGGCUUUGGCAAGAUGUGGGGUGGGAAGGGGAGGAGCGACGCGGAUGGGUUGCGGGAGCGCAAUGCCAAGCUAGCACGGGUGCUGAAGUCGACGCUGGAAACUCUGGAGGGGGGGACAGUGGCAGGAGCUGACGUGCGUCAAUCUAGUUUAGGGAAGGAGAGUGAGUCGCAAGUGGUAGAGUCCCGCGAGGGCUUGACUGGUGCGCUUAAAGAGCUAAGUGGAAAGCCUGAUGCUUUGCAGAGGGAACGAGAGGGUAAGCAGACAACAUCAGAGGGUGCGCAAAGGGAACCGGAAGGUGGAAGUGUAGAGGCUAGUGACGUGGGGGUCCAAACGGAAGCAGCGGCUUCCGAAGAGUCUCCCGAGGUCGCGGCGCUCCGAGAGCACUUGCGGAAGCUGGAAGAAGAGGCGGAGGAACAGGUGAAGCUGCUGACGUGGCAGGGGGAGAAGCUCGCUGCGCUGGAAAAGGAAGGGGAGGCGGCGGGUGCGCUCCAGGGGAAAAAGAUGGAGGCGGGAACGCAAGCGAUGACAACGGAGUCCGCCACUCGUGAGGCGGAACAGACCGGAAAGGCGGGCACAGAAAGAGCGUCGACGGAAACGCGGGGUUUGCAAAAGGAGGGGCAGACGGGCAGUGAGUUGGUACGAGACGCACCGGAAAGGGGGGGUGCAGAGCAAGCAAAGAAACCCCCGUUGGGACCAUUUUCGCCAGCACUGUCGCAGCUCGGGUUGCUGGGGGUCACGCCGACGCGGGAAGCUUGGGAGCUGGACGAGAGCGACAACUCGUUCCUUAACCAGUACGCUAACCCGAUCUUCGAGCGUGAGGCGGAGGUGCGCGAGGUGGAGGAGGCACGUGCCCAGGUGGACGAGCUGGUUAAGGAGAAGGUUAGGCUGGAAACCGAGCUCGCGGCGGCACUGCGGGCGGUCAGCGAGUCCGACUCUCGGCUAAGGCUAACCCAGAGAAACCUGGAGGGGUUAAGAGGAGAAUUGGAGACGGAUCUCGACACCCCGGGGGGGUCAGUCGCGACUGACCGAGCGGUUGCGGGAAGCGACAUGGGGGGAGGGAACACCCCGAUCUUUGGGUCGGCGGCCGAAACCCCCGAAACCGACGCAGCCCUUGCGGGUUUGACGACGAGAGUGGCGGAACUAGAGAUGCAGAACGCGGCGCUCAUGCUCAAGCUUGCUGAGGCGAAGAAAGCGGAAGGGAAUCUUACCAGGGUGGGAAAUUGGGCGAACGAGAGCCGGCGGUUAGAGGAGGAGUUGCAGACGGUAGUAGGGAGGUGGGAGGCGGAAGCGCAGCGGUUGGCGGCGCUUGAAGCGGAGGGGCGGGAGAGGGAGAGGCGGCUCCGAGAGGAAGAGGCGCGGGGGUACGCAGCACAGAGGGAGCUGGAGAAUGCGCAGCGACAGGUUCGGAAAGCAGAGGCGGCCGCAACAGAGGCGCAGCAAGCGGCGCUCACUGCGCGCCGCCGGUUAGACGACAAGGAAAGCGAAGUCACCGCUCUGGCCGAGGCCGCGAGCGAGCUGCGGCGAAUCUGCACGGAGCAGGAGGACGUCAUCGAAGCGCUGCGGCAGGAGAACGAUGACGUCAUGGAGGGGCUGAAGCGGGAGCAGGAUGACGUCAUGGCGGAGCUGCGGCGCGGGCACGAGGCGGCGCUCGAGGCGGAGCGGCGCGAGAAGGACCGCCUGGCGCAGGAAGUCGGGCGGCUUCUGGGGGGCCGUAAGCCCGGGGCCACCAGCCCCACCGCGCUUACGCCCGGCGACCUGCUGGGCCAGGCUGAGCUGCGGCGGUCGCUGGCUGCCGCUGAGGCGCGCGUGGCGGAGUUGGAGGCCUUGUUGGAGGAGGCCAAGAAGAAGGACGGCCUGCUGGGGCUGGUACAGAAGGCGCACCAGACCAUCCGGAAAGACAUGGGCGACGCCGACAAGGCCCUUGGCGAGAUGCGAGCCAGGUACAAGGAGAUGGAGGCGCGUCUCGCGGCCAGUCUCCAGGAGGCACGUGACAAGGAGUCCGCCGCCCGUGCUGACGCGGACAAGCUCGCCCAGGAAGCGAAAACAUUCCGCUCUGACGUCACAGCCCUGAAAGCGUCUGUCGAGGAGAAGGAGCGGGCGCUGGAAGAAGCUCACAAGCGGGCGGAAGCGCUGAAGCAGCGGGCGGAGUCGGCGGAAACGGAGGCGGCUGGGUUCCGCCAGCGGAAGGUCUCGGCGGACGAGCGGAAUGCGGCGGCGCUGGUGGACGCACGGGCGGUGCGCGAGCAGGCGCAGAUGCACGAGCGCGCGGCGAGGGAGGCGGCGCGGCGGAUCGAGGUGGCGGAGCGGAAAGCGGAAGAGAGUGCGCAGGCGAUCGCGGACCUUCAGCGGGGCCUCUCCACGAGCCUGGAGGAGGCGUCGGCGGCACGCGGCCGCGCGGACGCGCUGCAGGCGACGCUGGCGGAGCGCGAGCGCGCGCUCAAGGCGCUGGGCGACGAGCUGCAGGCCGCGCGGGACACGUGGCAGGCCAGGGACGCGAGCGACGCGGGCGCGGAGAGAGAGCGCGCGGAGCUGCGGCGCGCUCUGGGAGACCACAAAGCGCAGGUAAAGGAACUGGUGGCGAUCAACGAGGAGCUGUUGGCGUUCGGACAGGGCAAGGAGCGCGAGGUGGAAAGCCUGCAGAAGCGCAUCCGGCAACUACAAACGCGGGACGCAGGCGCGCACGGGAUUGUCGAGGGGUUGGAGGCGCAGAUCGCGGGGCUGCAGGAGGAGGCACGUGCCCAGGGCAUACGCUAUGAGGCGCUGGCGAAAAAGCUGACGGCGACCGAGGCGGAGGUGCGGCGUCAGGAGGCGCGCGUGGGGGAGGCGGUUGCGGAAAGCGAGGAGCGGUUGGCGGAGGUUAGGAGGGAGUUAGCGAGGGUUACGAAGGAAAAAGAAGGGUUACGGGAGAUGCUGCAGAGUCAGGGGGCGGAUUUGGAGGAGGCGCGGGGGGCUUUGAAUGAGGUCGAGUGCGCGGAAGCGAGCGCCCUCUCGCAGUUGGCUGAGUUCAAGGAGCGGUUAGUGGAGCGUGACCGGCGGGUUAGCGAGCUGGUCGAGAAGGUUAAAGUUCUGAAGGAGGAAGUGCGGACCAUGGUCGAUGAGCUGGACACGUGUCGCAAGCAGGUGGAUGCGGCGCGGGAGGAGGCGCAGCGACAGGAGAGGGAAACAGCAGUGCUGCGGAACAGGGCGGCGCAACUAGAGGAGGAUGUCAUGGAGCGCGAGGGGCAGAUCAGCAUCCUGAGGGGAUCUCUCAACCACGACACCGACUUCACGCUGGACACGCCUAGAAAGUGGUAGCAAAAGGGGCCUUAAAAGGGUAUGGGGCACUUCUUAUCCAGUGCGGAGAAAGUCAGUGUUGAGAUGGGUUGUUGAAUCAGUUUUGUUGAAGCGCAGAUUGCAAGAUGCAGUUGACUGUUUGUAGAUUAUCGACAGCCCUCAGGGUAAGCUAGGCCACUUUUAGAUACAUCUUUUCGAAAACGGAGGGUUCCACAGCUAUAAGAGGCCUCCGAUAUCAACCACUGUAAUUGAUAGACUAUUGAUAUCCAGGUAUCGUUAAGGAUAUAAUGAGUGCUACACUGCAAUAGAUAUAGUUCUAUACUUGGCAUGGUAGCAUUGUCUGGGGUUACGAAUGC